GAACGGAAGAAACGAAAAAAUUGUCUGCUGGCAUCCGACAACACACUUAAAGUGGAAGCAUGGAAUGGAGAUACUUCACAUGUGCUGGUGUUUUGAUUGAUGGCAGGAAGCUUUCCUCUUGUGAAGGGUUGACAGACCAGUUUUGAACGAGACAGGGCUUCUCGCAAUCAUGAAGUUGAACGAGAGAAGUGUGGCACAUUACGCCACAUGCCACUCUCCUCCAGACAAGACAGGCUUCCUUUUUAAGAAAGGGGAACGGAACACAUCAUACCACCGUCGCUGGUUCAUUCUGAAGGGCAACAUGCUCUUCUACUUCGAGGAGAAGGAAAGUCGAGAGCCGAUUGGGGUAAUCGUCCUCGAGGGUUGUACGGUGGAGCUCUGCGAGUCUGAAUCUGAAGAGUUCGCCUUUGCCAUUAAAUUUGACUGCUUCAAAGCAAAAUUGUAUAAGAUGGCCGCAGAGAGCCAGGCUGCAAUGGAGUCAUGGGUCAAAGCACUAUCACGGGCGAGUUUUGACUACAUGCGGCUGGUCGUGAAGGAGUUGGAGAGGCAACUGGAGGAGGUACAAGGAGCAAGACAGGGGAAAAACAAGGCUAAGAAACACCCGCCACAAGUGCAGGGAGAAAGAGCAACAGGUUUCCGAACUGCCAACCCAUCAAGUCAGAACGUUGUCAUAACGGGGCCUUCGCAGCUUCAUGGACAAACAGAAGAGGAGUUGUCCACUUUUGGGAGUUCUUGUAGGGAAAACGAUGUGUCUUGGAGCAAGCCCGCCAGUGUGGCUAACGGUGUCAGUGAGGGUUGCUUCUGGGUUGGGGACUGCAGUGGGAGGGGCGAUGGAGUCAGACCACCUCCAGUUCCUCCUCGAAGGAAGGCCAACGGCGGGCCACAGGAGAGCUCCGUUUCACCCGGCACAGGGUGUUUCUCCAAACUACACGACUGGUAUGGGAAAGAGGUGGCUGAACUUCGGAUAGAGUGGCUUCAGAGUCAGUAAAGCCGCCAACCCUUGAAUGUGCUGAAGGGGAAGGUGGAUGGGAGCAUCUGCUUGAGACUCGACCCAAAAUAUCCAUCCCCACACAUAAUGGUGGGUUACAGUGUUUGGUGCAAUCUCAGUCAAGAGCUUUCUCUGACUUUCAAAUUAGAUUGGUGCUCUUUUGUUAGUUGAGGAACAGAGAUAGUAGGCCAAAUAAAUCUAUAAACUGAGAGAUAUUGAUGCAUCAGAAUGUUAGUCACUUGUUGGACAGCUUGUUUUUAGACAAUUGAAACAAGACCAAGACAUUUUUUUAAAGGAAUGGUUGACCCAAUAAUGACAAUUCUGUCAUGUACUUACCCUCAUGUCAUUCUAAACCCAAAUUACUCACUAUCUUUUGUGGAACAAAAGGAGAUAUUUUGCAGACUGUUUUUUCCUUCAUACAAUAAAAGUGAAUGAAAAGCACCAUAAUAGUGGCCCUUAUGCCUUGGGCUCUUUUGAAGCCAUAUGAUAGCUUUGUGUGAGGAACCGUUUUAUGGAAAUCUUUAUUCACUGAAAAUGCAAUUUCAUAUGGCUUUGGAAGACUUGAAAAGAGCAGAGAAGUUGCAUGGCCUGUGUUUUGGGGGUUUUUUGUUGUCAUUUUUGAAACUCAACAGACCCAUUCUCAUUACAAAAAAGAGAACAUUGGACAUUUUAUGUGUUCCACAAAAGAAGGAAAGUCACAUGGGUUCGGAACAACAUGAGGGUGAGUAAAUGAUGACAGGAUUAAUCAUUUUGAAGCCUUGCACUUAACUUCAUCUUGGGACUUUCCUAGAACCUCAUGUUGAAGUGUCAUUAUUUUACUUGCCAUUACCUUUUCAUUUCUGUUUCAUUGUAUUUGAUGUUUUAAAUGAAGGUCUUCUAUUGCAAUUUCUUUUUUGGUCUUGAUAAAAAGAAAAGCGGUACAACAUCCAUGUUUUCGUUAUCAAAAAUACCAUGAAUGUUACAUUAAAUGUACAUUACGGAUUCAAUGCAAGUUAAGCUCGAUGGACAAUAUUCAUUUCCAAAAUUGUCAUUUCUACUUGUCAUUCCUUUUCUUUAAAAAAGCAAAAAUCUGUGUUUCAUUGAGGUACUUGAAAUGGAAGUGCAUGUGGCCAAUCUGUAAAUGUCACAAUACUCAAUGUUUAAAAAGUAUAGCCGAGCUGGUCUGUGGCAAAUGUAAUAAUUUUAUAUAAAAAAAACAACAACAUUUUGAAUAACCACAAAAAUGUUAAACCUAUUACAAGAAUAAUACAAUUAUGUUAUGCAAAUGUCUUGGCGGUUGUCAAAAGUUAGUGCUUUGUGAGGAGAUGUUAAAUUAAACCUGCCAAUUCAUAAAUGCCAUGAUUAUUUUCAGGGAUGCAAACUACUUGCCUUUUCUAAGAUAAUUUGCCUGUAUUUUAAGUCAAAUUGUCUUUAUUUUACUUUUUAAAACAACUUGAGGGGGUACUUUAGGUUUAAACACUUAAAAACGUUUUCAAUACAACAAACAAAUGAACUAAUAUACCGGUGAAACAAAUGCUAUGACUUGAUUUUUUUUUUUAUAUUGUCUCUGACAAUGGACUUAACAGUUCAUAUUUUAUCUUUGGGGGAUCAUGCAAAGACAGGGGCGUCGGACUGGGGGGGUAAAGGGUACCGAGUACCCAGGGCCCGAGGCAGGGGGGGCCCCUUAGAAGUCAGUUUUCUAUACAUACAUAUUUGGUACGGGGGCCCAGCAAGAUGGUUUGUACCCAGGGCCCAAAAUUUGGUGCUACGCCCCAGUGCAAAGAUGCAUGAAAGCUGUGAUUGAAAAUCAGGGUUAUUCCACCAAAUAUUGAUUUCUGAUCUCUUCCUAAGUUCAACAUUAGUUACAUUAGAACUUAUUGUGUUGUUUAAAAAUGAAUAUGGACUUGUUUUCUUUGCAUUAUUUGAGGUCUGAAAACACUACAGGUUUUUUUGGUAAUUUUGACCAGUUGUCAUUUUCUGCAAAUAAAUGCUCUAAAUGACAAUAUUUUUAUUUGGGAGAAAUGUUGUCAGUACUUUAUAGAAUAAAACAAAAAAAUUAAUUUGACUCAAACACAUACCUAUAAAUAGUAAAUGCAGAGAAACUGAUCAUUUUGCAGUGGUCUCUUCAUUUUUUCCAGAGCUGUAGAUAUAUAUAUAUAUAUAUAUGGACUGAUCAGCUACAACAUUAAAACCUCUCUCAUCAACAAGGCAUCCAGCUCACUGGAUGUUUUUUGUUUUGGCACCAUUCGGAGUAAAUUCUUGAGACUGUUGUGUGUGAAAAUCCCAGGAGAUCUGCAGUUACAGAUAUACUCAAACCAGCCCAUCUGGCACCAACAAUCAUGCCACGGUCCAAAACACUAGGAUUGACAUUUUUCCCCAUUCUGAUGGUUGAUGUGAAAAUUAACUGAAGCUCCUGACUCAUAUCUGCAUGAUUUUGUGCACUGCUGCCACAGGAUUGGUUGAUUAGGUGAUCACAUGGAUGAUUGUUGGUGCCAGAUGGUUUGAGUAUUUCUGUAACCGCUGAUCUCCUGGGAUUUUCAUUCACAACAGUCUCAAGAAUUUACUCCAAGAGAGGGACAGUUCUAUGGAUGGAAACACCUUGUUGAUUAGAGAGGUCAACAGAGAAUGGUCAGACUGGUUCAAACUGAUAAAGUCUACAGUAACUCAGAUAACUGCUCUGUACAAUUGUGGUGAGAAGAAUAUAAUCUCAGAAUGCUGUUCUGAGAUGCGGGUUGGUGCUGUUUUGCCGGCACGAGGGGGACCUACACAAUAUUAGGCAGGUGGCUUUUAAUGUUGUGGGUGAUCAGUGUAUAUACUGUACAUAUAUAUAUAAAAUUUGUUUUGGGGAGCACCUGCAUUAUACAGUUAUUAAUUUUAGGCUUAGCUUUGCUGUGCUUAACUUAUCGUUCUUACCAAUAAGUCAAUGCUUUGCCUUGCUUUAAACUGACCAAGUUUAGCCAUCAUCCUGUGACCAACUUUUAUUACAUUAUAGAAAAUACACAGACAGCUUUCAGAAUAAUGGCUUUUUGUAAAUAUGCUUUUAUGCCCUUUUUAAUGGUCCGGAUUCAUUCAUACAGAGAGAUGAACUGGUACGUUUUAAAGUUGUACAUUGUGUGCAAUCAUAUUUUGGGAGAAUUUAGACACUAAGUAGCAUCCUAUACAGGCCUUUGGGUUUAUAUACAACUGUUAAAUACCACAAUAAAAACAGAAUGCUACUGCAAUUAAGAUAAAAUUAUUUUGGUUUUAAUAUUAACAGUUUUUGUAUUGUACAAUGAAUUGUUACAUUACAGGACAGCUGCAAUAAAGUUUACUAUACUGUGUACUCAAUCUCAUUACUGUUGUAGUUGUAUCACCCUGCUUUGAAUAUUUGAUCAGUACAGGCAUUGAAAUGAAAUAUGGUCAAAUAUUUAAGAGUAUAUUUGAAGGAAACAAGAAUGUAACUACCACAAUGUUUUCUGACCAAUCAAAUAAAA